UCUUGGGGCCACCUGCUCGCUCGCAGGUGGAAAUGAGGACAGUACUGGAGACUUGCCCAGCUCCUGGCCCAGGAGCCACGACCGCCCAGGGCAGUUGGAUGCAUCUUCCCAGGGGACAGCCAGGUCCCCAGUCCAUCAUGCAUGUGGAGGAAGGAAAGAAGGACAAGGGACAAGGUGGGGGGGUGGUGUUUCCAAAGCUCCCCGUCUCCAGGGCUCCUUCACAGGGUGGCCCCAGCUGUAAGGCCACAUCUCCCCUGGCCUGGUUGCAGGAGCAGAAAUGUGCUGGGCCACCUUUGCUCCAUCUCUCAGCCCUUGUGUUUGCCCCCCUGCACCCCCUGCUUUCUAGAGUCGCUGAUAGGCCAACUCCAUGAAACCGAAACCAGGCAAGUCCUGUUGGAGCAGAGGGACCUGGGAGACACAGAGACACAGACACAGAGAGGGAAGGGGAAGGAGGGAGAGACAGCAAGCGGUGUUAGGCUCAGUGACCGCUGAGAGGGAGAUGGUCGUGGGCAGUGGCUUCUGACAGCAGGCUCUGCCCUCCACCCCCGGAGGGACAGCCCCCGACGUCGCUGUCACGCUGGCCUCCACUUAUCUCCGCAUCUGUUUCCCCUUGUGCAAGAUUCAGAGCCACUGGCUCCAAAGACACAAUAAGAGCAUUCAGGGCCCUACGAACUGCCCAGGCGACGGGUGUUUGCCGCCGUGGUGUUUUCUUCCGUCGAUCGGUUCAGGCGUUCAGGUGUCUGGGUAUCCCCGGGCGGAGUAGAAAAUCACAGUUGACUUCUGUGAAACAAUCGUUCCCUCUGGCUUCUCCCUCCACAGACCUACGAUCCUGGUUUUUGUGUAGGUGCCGGUUCCCGAAAACAAGUUGUUGAUCCGCUUGUGUGAUGAACCCCUCUUUCUGUUCGUGAGCUCCUUCGUGGCGGAGACCCUGUGCAGCCCUAGCUCUCCGCUUUGCACUUGACUCUGGACACAGACAGCGUCCAUGUGGGAGUAGAAGGCAAGGAAGCUUUCUGAAAAUGAGCGCAGAGCCCCGCCCCCCCUUCCUAGCCACGCACGCCCCCCCCCACCAGCUGCCCCUCUGUCAUCUCGGGUCUUGGAGGGGACGGAAUUUCCUCGCCCUCACAUCAGUUUCCCAUCGCUGAAUGAUUUGUCUGAUCUUUGCCUGAAAACAGUCACUUUUACCAAAAAAAAAAAAAAAAAAAAAAAAAAGUCACGACUGUUCCAUCCCAAGAGAUGCAAAUUUGGACUUUGGGGAAGUUUGAGGGAGCUGGUCAAGUCCCCCCAUGUCCCCCUCCCCGUGUGAUGGCAAGCAAGCCCAGCUGCAGAAUUCACGGGGCGUGGGCCCUGUCCCCGAAUUGUCAAGAAGGUCAAAGCAGUGGUAACAAGCCGACAUUAGUCCCGAGCAAGGGGGCCACACGCCUACGCGGAGUAGGAUUCAUUCAGACUGUGUUUGAAAAUCUAGGUGGUGCUGAUUACCCAGUGGAGUUACACAUAGUGGGGGUGGGGGUGGGGGUGGACAUUUAGCGAAAAUGGAAACAGGCGUGUUGACACAGAUUCCCCAUCCUCUGCUCAGUGUCGCCGGCCCCCAGAACACCCGCCGUCCUGAGUGUGCAGACGGCUGCUGGGAUGGGGCUGCCUCCUGGAGGGGACACACAAGACACACAGAUAACCUGAGGACAAUGGACGCUGAUGAGAGUCGAGACAUGUCCCGAGUUUCAGGGAAGGAAAGCCCCCCAGUGAGUGACACUCCGGAUGAUGGGGACGAACCGAUGCCCGUCCCCGAAGACCUUUCCACCACGUCUGGAGGACAGCAGAGCUCCAAGUCCGAGAGAGGAGCGGUUACAUAUGGGGCCGAUGGCUUUAGGGAUUUUCAUGCACUCAUUCCCAAAUCUUUCUCUCCCGGUAAUGUUAAAGUAGAGGCUCAGAGUGAUGAAGAGAAUGGGCGGGCCUGUGAAGUGAAUGGGGAAGAAUGUGCGGAGGAUUUACGAGUGCUUGAUGCCGCGGGAGAGAAAAUGAAUGGCCCCCACAGUGGCCAAGGCAGCAGAGCUCUGUCAGGAGCUGGAGGCAUUCGACUUCCUAACGGCAAACUAAAGUGUGAUGUCUGUGGGAUAAUUUGCAUCGGCCCCAAUGUGCUCAUGGUCCACAAAAGAAGCCACACUGGCGAGCGGCCUUUCCAGUGCAACCAGUGCGGGGCUUCGUUCACGCAGAAGGGCAACCUGCUUCGGCACAUCAAGCUGCACUCUGGGGAGAAGCCCUUUAAGUGUCAUCUCUGCAAUUACGCGUGCCGCCGACGGGACGCCCUCACUGGCCACCUGAGGACGCACUCCGUUGGUAAACCUCACAAAUGUGGAUAUUGUGGCCGAAGCUAUAAACAGCGAAGCUCUUUAGAGGAACAUAAAGAGCGUUGCCACAACUACUUGCAAAGCAUGGGCCUUCCAGGCACGCUGUACCCAGUCAUUAAAGAAGAAGCUAAUCACAGUGAGAUGGCAGAAGAUCUGUGCAAGAUAGGAUCAGAGAGAUCCCUCGUGCUGGACAGACUAGCAAGUAACGUCGCCAAACGUAAGAGCUCUAUGCCUCAGAAAUUUGUUGGGGACAAGUGUCUGUCGGACAUGCCCUACGACGGCGGCGCCAGCUACGAGAAGGAAAACGAGAUGAUGCAGACCCACGUGAUGGACCAAGCCAUCAACAACGCCAUCAGCUACCUGGGGGCCGAGUCCCUGCGCCCCCUGGUGCAGACGCCCCCGGGCAGCUCGGAGGUCGUCCCGGGCAUCAGCCCCAUGUACCAGCUCCACAAGCCCCACGCGGAGGGCCCCCCGCGGUCCAACCACGCGGCCCAGGACAGCGCCGUGGAGAACCUGCUGCUGCUCUCCAAGGCCAAGUCCGUGUCCUCCGAGAGGGAGGCGUCCCCGAACAACAGCUGCCAAGACUCGACGGACACCGAGAGCAACGCCGAGGAGCAGCGGGGCGGCCUCAUCUACCUGACCAACCACAUCACGCCCCACGCGCGCAACGGCCUGUCCAUCAAGGAGGAGCACGCGGCCUACGACGUGCUGCGGGCGGCCUCCGACGGCUCCCAGGACGCCUGCCGCGUGAUCGGCGCGGGCGGGGAGCCCAUGAAGGUGUACAAGUGCGAACACUGCAGGGUGCUCUUCCUGGACCACGUCAUGUACACCAUCCACAUGGGCUGUCACGGCUUCCGUGAUCCUUUUGAGUGCAACAUGUGCGGCUACCACAGCCAGGACCGCUACGAGUUCUCGUCCCACAUCACCCGGGGCGAGCACCGCUUCCACAUGAGCUAAACCCCGCGCGCGGCUGCCGGCCCGCAGAGGAAGCACGCGGGGGUGGGGGUGGGCGUGGGGGGAGGGGGGGGCGGACAGGCCCUCCCGCCAGCAGCACGGACUGGACCAGAACCUUGUGCUUUUGAUUUCUCGGUGGUUCUCUUGUUUUGUUUUGUAGUUUUCAGUCGGUUGGGGUUUGAUUUGCUUUGGAACACGAGGCGAUUUUUUUUUUUAUGGUUAGAUGCAGGGUUACGUUUGGAGCACCCCCCCCCCCCACCGCUCUCUUCCUAGAUGUUUGCCAUAGAUUGCGAGCUGAAGUCCCCUCUAGCUGUGGCUUCCUGGAAGCCCCCCGCCCCCCCCCCCUCCGCAAGACUCAUCACUCUCAGAGAAAGUUUGAUACAAACAGGUCAGAGCCCAGGAAGGAAUGAGCCGGGGAGCAGACCUCCAGGCGCCCCCCUCGCAAUGCAGCAGGGUCUAGAAACCCAAGUCAUAGCUUCUGGCCGUGUGCGUCUAGGGCUGGAGGCCUGCAGUUUCUAAGAGAUGUUGUAAGUCACAGCCCGCACAAAAGGCAAAUUGUUGGAGGAAAGUUGGACUCCUCGGACAAAGGGAGGGGCCAGAGAGCCUGUUGGUCUGGUUCUCAAUUUCAAAACCGAGGUAGCCUUCCAAGGCUGGCGGGCGAGCAGAAGAGUCUGAACACUGUAUUCCUGGAGGCAGGUGUGGAGACCGCUGCCCUCUGCCUACUCCAGUCCGUGCCUUUCAUGGCCCAGAGUCUAUCACUAUGUUCCUAACAUCCAUCCCAAAACUUGGACCUUACUUCCUCUGAACCUCUCAAAGGGUCAAAUUACCGAGAAACCAAGGCUUGAUUCCAAAUUCUACACCCGUUGCUUCCCUGGCUGGUUCCCCUGACAGGCAGAAGCCUGCCUUUCCUUCAGAGGCCCAACCUAGACCCCACUUCAACUAUGUCGUUGUUUUGUUUGUCGGUAAGUUUCUUUCCCUGCCCUCAUUCUGCAUCAUUCAGGUUUUAAAAUCCACGAAAGCAGGGUUCAGGAUGGUCAUUAAUUUUCAGAGCAAGGGAACGUGACAGGCAAGGCCCAGGAGACGUUGUUCAUACACAGGACCCACGCCUUGGAAACCAAACUUUGAAACAGCCUGAGACUCCCCCGUGAGGACAGAGCAGUCCCUGUGUGCCUGCACAUGGACAUGAUGUGUGGCCCUGCUUCCCUUCUCCCUGGGAAUGCGGAACGGUCGGGAGCGAUCGCAUAACCAGCCAGCGGGAUCUGACGGGAAAGAGGCAGGUGGUGGCAGAGGGAGAACCUUCCUCAGGCAUGACGGGAGCCCCGCUGAGGUGUUUGGUGAUUCGGAUGCCAACCCAGAGGGGUCACCCUCAAGGUUCAUCCUGUCGUUAAGGAUAAUGACCCCAGUCACCUAGGCAAAUGAGAGCACACGGUUUCACACCUUUAUGUGUCUUCGCCAAAACUGAGCCAAGGUGAACACGGGGAAAAAGAAAACAGAGGAAAAAUUGUCCAUUGGCCCCUCUGCAUUUAGUCUAAAUCGAGGUUUCUUAGUCACGGUGCUCUUGACAUUUGGAGCUGGGCAGUUCUUUGUGGUGGGGGAUUCUCCUGUGGGUUCUUAGCAUCCUUCCUGGUCACUACCCAACAGAUGCCCAUAGCAUCCCCGUUCGACACCCCAAAAUCUCUCCAGAUGUUGCCACAUAUCCCCUGGGGAGCAAAUCCUCCCUAGUCGAGAACCACUGCUCUCGUUCUAAGCCAGUCCAAGGUCUGAGGAAGCCUUCCAAAGAGAAACAUGCUGGAAGAAUUUUCCCCCUCCGCCGUGUAGCCCCUGACCCGUGUUCCUCUGUGUUCAUCGCAAAUUCUAGAAAUGAAUUUAUCCCACCUUCCUGUGCACGUUUGGGUUUUGCUGAGAGGAUGAAGUCCACACCCAUCCUUGAGUCACACAUUUCUUGGCUUACAGGACGGGGACAGUGUUUUGAAACUGGAAAGAAACAUUGCAUUGACGCAGGGGCGUGCAAAGGCCCUGGGUAAAGUGCUGUAGAGACAGGGGGCGCGGGCGGUUCCAUACGCAGCCACAAAGAAAGGGAGAGUGACACAAAUUUCCUGUUUGCUGGGGCCACUCAGACCUGCCCUGUUCCCUUCCAUCAUCCCACAGAGCCAGUUGGUUGAAAGGAGUUAACUCCCCCCCACCAAAAAAACUUCUCACCCCUGCCCCUCGCUGUGGCUUCAAACAAAGCUUAACCCAGAACUGUAAAUAGCGGCUACAAGUGUUCUUUUCUAAAGCGCUUCCCCUCCGCUCACUGCCUUUUCUAGCCAAUGUAACCAUCUAUUUACACACCUUUUCUUGUGGUGUUCUAUGCUAACACCGUUUUUCUUUGAGAUUAUUGUGUUGGAGGUAACGGUCCCAUAGAAUGUCAACUGGUAACUAAGUUACAUUAGGAAGGUGGUCAUAUUCUGUACCAAAAGCCGUUCACGUUUUUCUUCUAGCCGAGCAACGUAGGAUUGUGCAUGACCUCACGCCUUUUCUGUUCUGUGGUCUGUUCUGCUGCUGGAUGGUGUGAAUGCGUGUCUCGAGAACCGCUGUGUUCUGAAGUGUGCCUAGGCUUCGUGCCCCCGCAUUUGAAAAUAAACGUCAGAGACAAGAGCGCCGCUCUCGCGGGUGGAUGUGUGGGUUAUGGUAAGAAAUCGCUGCCCCUCUGUCUCUGAGCUUCUGUGGACUGAAAGCCUGGACGCCUGCUCCUUAUCCAGGUCCCUUCUGUGCCGUAUGCCUUAGAGCACACGCUGCCCUGUCCAAAGAGUCACUAAAAAAGAAUUGUGACUUUUCUUCAUCCGUCACCAAGGGGCGUAUGCCUGUCACUUCAGAGACCAGAGUGUUCCAUUUUCAAUGUAGAAUCCACCACAUGAAAUCUUAGAGUCUUCAUUGAGAAAGAAAGCUACUGUUACGGGCAUUCGAAUUUGUUCUUUUUUUGUGGGGGGAGGGGGGGUUCUUUCUGUUUUUGUGGGGAUUUUUUUUCUUGUUUGUUCUCAUCACUGUGUAACCCUGAUGAGCGUCACGCUCUUGCCAAAACAAAAGCAACAUCUAAUGGACUUACAUAGGUUGGGAAGCAAAGUAUUACUCUAUCCUGCACUUCCUAAGUUUCAGCAAUAAUGAAGGGUCAGCUCUCUCUAAAAAUCCCGAUAGCUGUCAUAUUCAGUUCAGUGUGUGUGUGUGUGUGUGUGUGUGUGUGUGUGUUUUACUUAAAAAAUGAACCAAACUCAGAUUUAUUUAAGAUGUUCAGUCUUGGGAAAACAGAAGCACAUCCACAGUUGGUGUGGUCUUGGUGUGGUGGCAUUCACUGUGAACAGACGUAGCCAGAAAUUAAUAUGCAAUAUUGUUUUAAAUACUUUCUAAUACACUUUUCUAUGAUGUUGUGUGUGUAGCCAGUGCUGCCUGGGGUCUUCGUCCACCAUUCUGGAAAAUAUGUGUACAGGACUGUAAAUGAGAAAAAAAUGCUGUUGUAUUUGCUAUCCGCCUCUCUGGUGAUGUUAAAUUAUUUCUGUUUAGCUGUGAACAAGGGGCGUGCCCCUGGAGGGAUAGAGGAUACUUUUGUACACAUUUUGAAAUGCUUUUUUCUGUAGUGGUAGAACAAUAAAUGCAACAAACACUU